AUGGCCGACGAUGGCAUGCUGCUCAACUUUGAGCUGGGCCCUGAGCCUCUGAAGACUCAAGUCAAGUUCAAAGGCGGUCGCUGGCGCGAGCGAAAGCGUGCAGAGCGAGGCGCUCGACUGGCGUCGGAGCGAGGCGAGACGACCAAGAACGAGGCCGACGACGGCGCAAGAUUCACGAAGCGACGUCGGGUGGAAGACAAUGACGCGGACACCAUUCCCAGCUACAGGACAGGGCCGCGACCGAGUUUCAACAGGCGACCCGAGGGCUCGCGACACGAUGCUUCGCAGUCUGGCUUCUCCGGCCAUCACAAGAGCCACGCCGGGGACGGUCCCAAAGGAAACCGCCAAGUGAUCUCCAAGCUUUUCUCCUUCAAUCCUGCGCAGACGACGGCCGCCGAGGAGAAUGAGGAGGAAUGGAGUGCGCCGCAAGCGACCAACGCGCCGCUGGCUGAUGUCGCCAACUUUGGAUCGCUCACGCUCUCGUCCCGCUUGGUCGACGAGCUGGCCAAGAUGAACCUCGAACGACCGACGGCAAUUCAGCAAAAAGUCAUACCGCACCUACUCUCGAGCAGCUCCGACGCCUUUGUUCAGGCCGAAACCGGUUCCGGCAAGACGUUCUCGUAUCUCCUGCCCAUCAUCCAUCGAGUGCUUCUUCUCAGCUCGGGGGGCGACAAGCAAAUACACCGGGACUCUGGUGUUUUUGCCAUCAUUGUCUCCCCCACUCGUGAACUGGCCAAGCAGGUUCACACGGUCCUCGAGCAGCUGAUACGACCAUUCCCCUGGCUGGUAUCUACCGCAAUCACUGGUGGCGAGUCCAAAAAGGCUGAGAAGGCGAGGAUACGAAAAGGCGUCAACUUUCUGGUCGCCACGCCCGGCCGAUUGGCGGACCAUAUCGACAAUACCAAGGCUCUCAACUUAGGCACCGUUCGGUGGCUCAUUCUAGACGAGGGCGACCGACUCAUGGAUCUGGGUUUCGAGGACGACCUGAAGAAGGCUAUCGAAACUCUCCGGGACAUUGCAAUUGUGACCGAAACCGACAAAGGAACGCCGCUCGACACGUUACCGGACAGACGGGUGACGGUCCUCUGCUCUGCCACCAUGAAGAUGAACGUGCAGAAGCUUGGCGAGAUGAGUCUUGCUGACGCCACCUUCCUGGCCGCCGAGAAGGGCGACGAUGACCCAACAGAGAACACCGUUCACAAGGCGCCGGCGCAGCUGCACCAGACGUACAUCGUGGUGCCUUCCAAGCUUCGUCUUGUGACGCUGGUCUCAUAUCUCAAGUCGGUCUUCUCGCGCCGGGGCCGCACCAUGAAGGCAAUCAUCUUCAUGUCCUGUGCGGACUCGGUAGAUUUCCAUUACGAGAUGCUCAGAAACCCUGAUGAGUCAGACGUUCCUCAGUCAGCCUCCAGAGACGCCGAGCUUGUUUCGAAGACAGUUUCCAAGGCAGCCUACUUCACUUCUGCGGCUAGCCCUGAAGUGGUGCUUCACCGGAUGCACGGAUCGCUCAGCCAACCAGUUCGUACGGCGACCCUGAGGUCAUUUUCAGCUUGCAAGACCCCUUCGCUGCUGAUCACUACCGACGUCUCGUCACGAGGCUUGGACAUCCCGUCGGUCGAUCUGGUCAUUGAAUACGAUCCCGCCUUUAGCUUUGCGGACCACAUCCAUCGAGUCGGUCGGACGGCCCGAGCUGGUCGAUCCGGCGACGCCGCUUUGUUCUUGCUACCUGGUGCGGAGGAGGGGUACAUUGAGCUGCUCAAGUCGUCGACACCACCAUCGUCGCAACCUUAUGAGGCAAUUCUCAAGAAGGGCCUCAUGGCAAAGCUGGAGUUUCCGGUUGAGACAUCAGCAAAGCCGGAAGAUGCACAGUCGUAUCACGACAAGGCCGAGACGCUGCAGCUUCAUCUGGAACAGCGUCUGCUUAACGACGCAAAGCGACUGGAGCUGGCCCGUAACGGCUUCAAAUCACACAUCAGGGCCUACGCGACACAUGUCAAGGACGAGCGAGUUCACUUCGACAUUACGCAGCUGCACCUGGGCCAUGUGGCGAAAAGCUUCGGCCUUCGCGAGGCGCCAGGUGGCAUUGGGUCGGGUAUAGAGCGCAAGGCCAAGAAGAAGGGGUCCAGGGAUGCGCCCAAGUCGGACCGCGGGCAGGAGCAGCGACCUGCGGGGGAUGUCAUCAAGCGCAAGAGCAUGAUGCUGAUGAGCGCCGCCGCUGACGAAUUUAACAUUGGCUAG